CUGCAACACACUGUAACUAUAUUUGUUCUGUUUAGUUUACGUAUGCAUGAGUGAAUGUAUGUAUGUAUGUAAUGUGUGUCAUUGUAUGUAUGUGUUAGUGAGUGCAACAACAUUUUCAUUUGCCCAUAAAUUUAGAUUUUUACUUUUGUUAACCUCUCGCUUUCUAUCUAUCUAUCUAUCUCACACGCACACGCACACAUAAACACACGUUGUCUUUUACAAUAGGACACAUCAUUUUUACCACUGAAAGCGCGUCACAUUAAGUAAUCACAACAGAAGUGAUCAUAAAGUAUCAUGUUCAUCAUUCUAAAAUAUACCACCAGUCAGUAUAAUUGGUUUAUGUGUACAUUUUGAAAUCAUUUUCUCCUUUCUGAGGAUAUUUUCAAUAGACUAAAAUUUGUACUCUGUUCAAAGUUUAAUCAUACAAAUCAACAGUAUACUGGAACUAAAAUAUUGGAGAAAAAAAAGUUGGUGUUGUCUUCACCUCCUUCUCAUUCUUGUGUUUCUAUAUUUUUGUUUUUCUUCGUCAAGAAAGGAAGAGUUAAACAAGACUAUCAAGAAAAGUACUCAAUAUUUAAUCUGUUUUUAUCCACUAAUCUACUUCUCUUUAUUUUCCCACUAUCAGUCUGACUUGAAUCAUUUGAAAUAAAAAGAGACAUACAAUAUUUUAAAUAUACAUAUAUAUGCAUAUACAUUUAAACAAUAAUUCAUAUUUACACAUUAUUCACUGAGGAAACGUAUCUAAUCAGCGAUGUUUAUGUAACCCGUCUAUUCGCCUAUUUAAACAUUUAAACACACAUAGAUAUAUCGCUUUGUAAGACCGAAUAACUGAACAAAUAAAAGUCAGGCCGAUCUCCACUGCUCAUUCUCUGUGUAGAUGGCACUCACAAGUGUAGUACCUUCGUAUGCACUCGGAAUGUCAGGUGAUGUAAUACCAAAUAAUCUUGGUGUGGUGCCCUAUUCUACAUUUCAUACAGCAUUGUUACCACAUCCUAAUACUCUUGGACUUGGUAGUCCAUCAAAUAUUUCAACAGGAUUGAUGCUUGCAACACAAGCCACUUCACAAAAUCCUUACUGUCCACCAAUAACGCUUACAAAUGGAUUUUAUGCCAAUACAAAUUACCCUAACAAUGCAGAAUCAUUUUGUUAUGUACAACCGAACGAAACUAAUACACUUUUAAGUGCAUAUCACACUUAUCCUACAUCUAUAAAUAUGCCAUUACAAGCCCCACAUUUGUCUUGUGAUAAAUUGUAUACAUCAAACAAUACACAGAAUGCAUUACUGCCAACAGCAAACAGUAAUAACACUAAUAGUACUAGCGCUACGAGUAAUAACAAUAAUUAUAAUAAUAAAAGUGAGCUCAGUAAACUGGAACUAUCAACUAUUGAAACAUCACACCACUUAUUAGAAGAUACAACACAUAUAAUAACUGACAAAUCAACUUCAUCGUCAUCAACGACACAUGGAGAUAUGGAAAGCGGUCAUCAGAAUAAUUCACUACUUGUACUACGUUUACUUAUGUCUGGAAAAGAGGUUGGGAGCAUUAUUGGCAAAAGAGGCGAAAAUGUCAGAAAGUAUAGAGAAGAAAGUGGAGCAAGAAUUAAUAUAUCAGAUGGGUCUAGUCCAGAAAGGAUUGUGACGAUAACUGGAACUACUGAACAAAUCUAUAUAGCAUUCACACUAAUGAGUCAAAAGUUUGAAGAUGAUUUUACCCAGGGGUUAUUACGAAUGGGUGAUGAAACAGUCAGCUGCCCACCAGUCACACUGCGUUUAUUAGUUCCAGUUACUCAGUGUGGUUCAAUAAUUGGUAAAGGAGGCUCGAAAAUCAAGGACGUUCGAGAGCUAACUGGCGCUUCAAUCCAAGUGGCUAGUGAAGCUUUACCAACAUCAACAGAAAGGACAGUCACAAUAUCAGGCACAGCGGAUGCAAUUUCAAAAUGUAUUCAGCUGUUAUGCGACAUUUUCUUAGAGUGCCCAACGAAAGGUCCAGUUAUUCUGUAUCGACCGAAACCUGCUGUUUCUAAUCCAGCACUGAUGUGUUCACCCACUCCAUUUUCAUCAGGUCUACUGCAGUCAACCUUAUCUGGGCUUCCUAUUUCAGUAUGUGAGAGUUCACAUGAAUCAGGAUAUGCGACGCCAAUGUUCACAUCAUCACCAUUACUAACAACACAUGAUGUAAACACUGCCAGUCCAACUUCAUUAACAAGAAGUUAUGCAAGUCAGUUUGGCAUACCAUCUGGUAUACUAUCAGGUGUUAAUGGUGCAACAGCUGCUGGUACUCCUGGUGCUGUGAAUGGUGUUAGUAGUCCUUCCAUAGUACCAAAUCUACAAACACAGAAUACAAUUCAUUCUCCCCUUACAGUCAUUGGUUCGAGUCGACCGAUUAAUCCAAUGUCUGACCUAAUGACAGAUCAAGUUCACUUAUUUGCUGCCUUAAAUCAAAUCGAUUUAGCUAAUUUUCAAUCACAGUUUUCAUCAAUUCUGACACCACUACCGAAUACAAGUCCAUUGGCUGCUGGAGUUCAUUCUAUCGGACAACCGUUAAAUAUUCCAGAAUUAUCACUAGGUCCUGGUUUAUUAGGAUGCUAUCCUGCUGCAGCAGCCGCGGCACUACCCAUUGUUGGACCUCCGAAUAACUAUAUGUUCUCUACACCGGCUACCUUACUAAAAAUAUCAAGCAGACUACCAGAAGAACAAUAUACCACAUCAACAACCAACAGUCUUAAUAAUCUUAUUGUCAAUCAAUCUGAUCUAUGCCUUACCAAUGGUAAUAAUAUCUCCUCUAAUGACGCAUCAAACUGUAACGUUUCAAUGUCUAUUGGUUCUGUCAGCAGUUAUUCAGCAUUAUCAACUCCUCCAGAUCCUGUAAGAUCAAUGCAUGGCUUACAGAACACUACUUCACUACUUGGUCUUCCCUCACUAUCAAUCGGUGCUAUUCUAAACGCUCAACAACAACAGAACCCGUUGAUUUCAUUGGCUAAUACUGAUGAGAAUAUUGUAGUCCGAGAGAUGAUUAUUUCUAAUGAUGUGAUUGGUUGCAUUAUUGGCCGAGGUGGUACAACAAUUAAUGAAAUCAGGAACACAUCAAAGGCUCAAAUCAAAAUAUCCAACUGUGAAGAUGGUGCAAAAGAAAGAAAGAUUACAGUUAGUGGAAAAUUAGAUUCAGUGAAUUUAGCUCAAUUUCUUAUUAACAGCAGUAUUGCAAUACAUCAGGAAAUGUGGGCAUUCAACGUUCGUCUGGCAAGUGCUGCUACCGCUCUGAUGACCAAAAGUGAUUUGGCUAUAAGUUCUUCAUGCAAACUAUCAGAAAUUGAUGAGAAGGACGCUAAUCGUUCCCAAUCAUGUGAUAACCAAAGCCUUACCGACUGUACAAACUCCGAUUCUUCCCAGUUGAAUCCUUCAUUAAUGCUUUUAAAAGAGAAUUUAUCACCUAAUCUACGUCAAAAAAUCAUUGAACCGAUUUUAUCAUCAUCGUCAUCAUCACCACUUGCUCAUGAUGACAUGAUUACUACAAACAGUUCAAAAGUUAGAGCCAAUCAUCGAACUAUCCGACGAUCAAAAUUAACACCUUAUUGAUUGAUUUUUUUACAUGAAUGCUCCCCUUGUAUUUCUGUUAAAAAUGCAUGUGACUGAAAUAUAUCGUCAUUACAAGAGGAAUGCUGAUAUCAGCGGAACUCUUGGCCGGUAUGAUAACUUUCGUCAAUUAUUGAGUGAUAUUCAGUGGGAAUCUCAGAUGUUCGUCAUUGAUGAUCAUAUAUACAAAUAGACAAACAAAAUAGACAUGCGCACACACAAUUAUUGAACUGUUUUAUCGAAACACGGUACGAAGUUUAUUGAUUAGCAUUCAGAUAUGAUAAAUUUCAUUUUAAAUUUUGAACUUUAUUACAUCAUAUGGUAUAUAAAACUUUUAAAUUACACAUGCACACACACACACGCAGACUAAUGUCCACUGCUCUUAGAUAUUAACUUAUUUUCAGUUAUGCUCACCAUUACAGUAUGAUUGAUAUUAGAUUAAGCACAUAUAUGUAUACAUAAAUGCAUAAAAGGAAUGAGUAAAGGUCAAAUGUACGACCGCAGACGCCUCGUCUGCGCCAGCUCACGCACACAUGCAUUUCGCAACAUUGUGUUCACUAAUGUGUCUAAAUGAGUCGUUAUUUAUCUCAAUUUUGAAUAGUUUAGCAAAAACAGUACUACAAAUAGACAGAAAGGUAAAUGGACAAAAAAAACGCACCAUAUAAAAGGAAUUCAAUACUUCAGAAUGAGAAUCAUAAAACACAUCUUAAAAGUACUACUGUUUUCUUAUUUUUUAGUAGUCUAACUAUAACUACACUGUUUAUAUAUAUACAUAUAAUGUAUAGGCAUUAUUGUCAUUAUUAUGUAGGGCAUAUUAUUUGAGAAAGUGAUAGCUGAGAAAUACAAUUCAUAACAUAACACAUUUGAAAGUUAGUCAACUGGAUUUCAGUGUGUCAGUCAUUGAUAAUAAUCAUUACUGAAACUGUUCUGUGCCUUUUACUCAUCUGUGUCAGUACACAAUUCAAGAAACUCAUAGCAAAAUCAAUAUAUAUAUCAAUAAGAACAAUUCACUUGUUGACCAAUUCUUUUUAAUGAAUAAAUAUGGAUUCAAUUUAUUUUCUGUAUAACUUAUCCCAAACAAUGUCGACAACUGUCAACAAUUGGUAAUGGAUACUAGAAUUACAAUAAAGCUAAAUAAUAAACUAUCUAAAUAUAAUGUUUGUUUUGCUUUUGAAAUUUCGAAAUAACUGCCAUUAUUAUUAUUUUCGAAAUUCAGUGGAAUUAAUUAAUUAUUUAAUUAAUUAACUAUUCACUGAGUGAAAAUAGAUCAGCUGUUGUCGAUUUGUAGAUUUUUCAUUUUUAAAUAAAUGAAUAAAAUAGAAUGAAGAGAACAAGUCUUUUUUCCCUUUCCUCUCUUCCCUAUCUUUUUUAUAAAACAAAAAUAAAUUUC